GCCCGGAACAGGCGCGGCGGAUAUAACACACUCCACCCUCUCCGCGACUCCGCCUCGCGGCGGAGACGUUCCGCGGCCAUUCAUACGGCGUGGCUAGGAGCACUCCUUCGAAUCGGCAUCGCAAUUCAUACGGCUACAACGUCUAUUCUGUGGGCACUUCGUCUCCGAUCGAUUCACGGCAAGAGCGAGAGUUCAUGGAUUCGACAGGGCCCAUGAGGGUCUCCAUCAAAGCCCACCGCCCCGACUGGAAAUCGGAGCUUAGAACAAAUUGCCUCAGAAGAGUUAGAAAGGACAGAAAUGACUUGCUUUGGAAGAUCAGGAAGCAGGGACUGCCCGGCAAUGUCAUGGAAAAGGUCAGAUCUGCUGUCAGGAGCGUCAUAUCUGAUGAGGUAGAGAAACUCAAACAGUCCAAUACAGAAAACGAGGACCAAGAAAUGGAUGUCAUAUGGGAGUAUCAAGGACUGCAUGCUGCUAAGCCUGCUGAAAUUGAAAGUGAAGAUAUAUUGCUUGAAAUGGAAAGACUUGUUUGUGAAGAUAUUAGAGAAGAAGUAAUCAGAAAACAACUAGAGGCACUUGAUGAGGAAGAUGCAUAUUUAGCUCAAAGUGUUUUGGAUCAUAUGCAACUAAAUGACAUUGAGGCUGCCGAAACUGCUAAGCUCUGGUGUCCAGUAUGCAAGCAAGGAGAUCUACGAGAAACACGUAAUCUCAUAUACUGUACUCUCUGUAAUCUACGGCUUGACCUUGGAGAAGAUAAGAUGACGCUGGAGUUCUUACGAGAACGGUUGGCCAAUGCACAUAUGGAUCACUUUGACAGAGGAUGCAAAUCAGCACCCAAGUUCUGUUUACAGACUAUGUUUGGCCUGACUGCGCUCUACAUACAGUGUGCAGAAUGCAGUACAUUUGAUAUCGUGGUAUAACCAACAAGAUGCUGAUAUGAAUCAACACUUCAACGGAGGAAAGAAAUGUUACAAAACUUACUUGAAGUUAUUUCAUCGCUUCAUGUAAGAUUAGCUGGUGAAGUUAUGGCAAGAUGGCUGCAAUCCGAAAGGUGGCACACACUCAGCACCUGAACACGUUCAUCCAUUCCAGCUUCUGGUCAAAACAAUUGACAUGCAUGCAUGCAUGUGGAAUUUCCACGUAUGUCCAAUUUAAAUGUUGCAACCGGUGUAAGGUGGUUAGUAAAUAUGCACUUGACUAUGGCAACAUCUAGUUUCCAGCUUACUUGAAAGUUGAAACUGCAACUACAAUUGGAACCAAACACUACCCAAUUGAUCUUGAAGUCGUCUUUGGGCUAGCUCGCAUUCCUUUGCAGAUCUGCUACCGGUGGCGAGCGUGUAGAGAUGGCAAUGGUUACCCGCGACCCGAUACCUGAUGGGUAUUUACUCUAUUAGGGUAUAUAUGUAGGCUAAAUAAUCUACCCGUGGGUCUGUUAUUGGACAAAAAUCUUCACCCAAUGGGUAAACGGGUAUUAGAACAUUCCGCCUUCACCCAUACCCGUUAACCCGUGGGUAUAAAAUACCCAAUAUAAACUUAGCCCAAGCAUAAACUUGAACUUUAUUCAUUCAUCUUUUUUACUAUUUAACAAUCUUUUAUGCCAUAAUGUCAUAGAAGGUUUAACGGCAAUUUAAUGACCAUGUAAUGGAACAUGUAAUAUACUAUGUAGUACUAUCCUAGUGUUACUACUUUAUCCAAUUAUCUUUGGUGUGUUGAAUGUGUGGUUAAAUGAUGCUAGAAAUUUUGUAAUGGUAUUUAUAUGGAUAUACUUGACAUUUGUAUAAUAUAAUAUUUUGAUAGAUGUA